GAGAAGGGAGGGAUGAUCUUGAGUUGUCUUAGACCCAUAGGUUUUCUAAAUUUGAUCUAGGGGAUAAGUAGUGUAAUUUCGGACUAAGGAGAUUAACGUGAGCAAAGCCCGUUUGCCCGGCUGCCGGUGAUCCGAGUCCCGUGGAAGGCUGCCUUUGAGUGGAGCCCAGGUGAGGUGCCCCUCGCACCAGGGGAAAUGAGUUCCCGGGGUGUCAGUCUCCCUGAUCUAGCCUGGAUAUCGACGUAGUUACCACUACAGGUGUCAGUCAUCUCUCCCGGACUGUUUGGCCAUUUGGAUGAGAAAAAUGAAGAUCGCGGAUAAAGGCAGUGUCUGCUCUAACGCAGACUGGAUGGGUUCCCUCUGUCCGGCUUUGUCCUCGAUGCCUCUGAAGCACUUAGCGGUACCAGGAUCGCACGACUCCUUCAGCUUCUGGGUGGAUGAGAAGGCUCCUGUGGGGCCGGACCAGAAGGCGGCGGUCAAGCACCUUGCCGGCCUGUUCCGCUCGCUCGCCAAGAAGGUCAUGAAGAAAUGGUCCAUGACUCAGAACUUAACCUUCAAAGAGCAGCUGGAAGCUGGCAUCCGCUACUUCGACCUGCGGGUGUCCACCAAGCCAGGAGAGCCGGGGAACGAGAUUUACUUCAUCCACGGCCUGUUCGGGCACAGGGUGUGGGACGGCCUGGUGGAAAUCGACACGUUCCUGGCGGCUCACUCGAAGGAGGUGGUGUUCCUGGAUUUUAACCACCACUACGCCAUGGGCGAGGCCCAUCACCUGUACCUCAUCGCCAUGCUGAAGAAGGUGUUUCGACACAAGCUCUGCAAAAUGGACCGCGUGGAGGAGAUCACUCUGGACUACCUGUGGCAGAAGAAAUUCCAGGUCCUGGUGUUCUACCACCACCCCUCGGCCGGGGGCUGCUCCUACCUGUGGCCGGGCAGUAAAAUCCCCGCCCCCUGGGCCAACACCACGGACGCCUACAAGCUGAUCGAGUUCCUGGAGACCACGCUGGGGGAGAGGGCCAAGCACGGCGCCUUCCACGUGUCCCAGGCCAUCCUGACCCCCCGCGUGAAGACCAUCGUCCGCGGGCUCAUCAAGGGGCUGCGCACCCACCUGGUGGAGAGGAACCUCCCCACCAUCAUGAGCUGGGUGAAGGCCCAGAAGCCUGGGGCCAACGGAGUCAACAUCAUCACCUCGGACUUUGUGGAGCUGGUGGAUUUUGCCACGACCGUCAUCAAGCUGAACAACCUGCUGCUCCCUGACAAGGCUAUAACCUGAAGCCAGAGGCGCCCACCAGCACCCUCUUCCCUGUGGGCAACAGUGGGCAACCGUGGGCAAACUGCUCAUUCUGUAGUAAAGGAAAACUGACAAUUUACCCAUAGGGACAACUGGGGCCUGUCUGCUAAAGAGGGGUCUCAGAUACUGCCCCGAUACCUUUUUUGAAUAAGAGAGUCAGAAAUAUAAAGAUCAUCAGAUGUCUGACCCUGCACUAUUAUGAGAUGACAUCAGUCUUUAAUCCAGAUUUCCCUCAACAGCUGUGCUCCAUCAUAGAUGGUGUGCAUUCAGUAAACUACAGGCAAGGAGCAGUACCAACCCGCAGCCAAAGACAGACCACAGCAAAUCAGUCAAGCAGAGCAGCCUCAAGCACUGUGUGAGUAAGCUUUAGAGCACAUGUUUAAGAGUUCCCUGUGUGUAUGCAAUCAGCCAUUCGAGAAAUGCCAGCAUUUCCCGCAGAGGCACAUAGUGUUAAUUCUCUGAGUCAAUGUGCUGCUGCAGGGCUCUCAGACUGAACUGACACCAGCCACGCCAUGCCUUUACACACAAUCCUCAGUAAAGCAUAGCAUAGAUGUAGGGUAUUUAUCAAGAAUUUCACGUUAUGAUUAAGGUAAAAAAAGCAAAUGUGCAUUAUUUUCCACAGGGUAUGGUUGAAACAGUGAAAAGGCAAGCUGGUAGAUUGUAAAAAUGACACUAAUCUCUAAUUCCUCUGAUACUGCGUAUGCUCCCAUUAAAACCAGGAUUUAAGCUUCUGCCUUACUUUAAAGAUGCUGUAUUGGUCUCUGGCAUUUUUUAAAUCCUUACUGUACCAUAAAAAAUAUGCUUGCCUUGGCAGGAGCAAUUAUAGGCAGAUGCACUGUUUGUCUCUUAAAUAGGACUUGACAAUUCGGAGACUGGCAAUAAUGACCUGAGAACUGAAGGGCUGGUUUCUUAUUGUUUGGUGAACCACUGAAGGGUCAGAAGUGUGACAGAUGUUGAAAAAUGGACCCUUGAAAUUUAGCCACAAGCCACAUUGGCAGCCCAGCUCUGGACCGUGCUAUGGGGCAAUUUGGAGUUUCUCAAUUUGGAUUCCUAAUCGGGCCGCCAACCGCAGUCUCCUCCUGGCAGUCUGCUGUAUCCAGAAAGUGGCCUUCUGAGCCCAAAACUCUACAACUGCUGCUGUUUUUAUGCCAUUAGGAUAUUCAACGCUGACUGCUGAGAGGAGUCCAGAAAGGGAGAGAUCUGAGGGGACAGAGUGUUCAAAAACCUCAAAGCCACUGAGAAAGUGAACCCAGGGGACCUCUCCAGGAUCAGCAGUGAAAUACCAACCAGGGGGCACAAGUGGAAACUCGGGAGAAGCACAUUUAAAACAGAGCAGAAGGCACCCUUACACAAAGCUUCACGGGAGCGUGGGACAAGCUACCCAGCCAUGUUCCUGAAGUUAACGCCCGGAUUUCUUUCAAGAAAGAGCUGGACGGAACCUGGGAUCAACUAGCUACUAAUUACCAAACAAACUGGAGAGGAUUAAUGGCCUCCUCUGGUUUGUAACUCUUCUUCUGUUCUCAAGAUAGGUAAAGGCACAGAAGGGUACCCACCCUGGUAACCUUUUGGCAACCUUAUGCAAGGACAGACCUUCCACUACAGUUUGCCCACGUUGUUUUAAUUAAUACAUAAGAGUAGUGUUUUCUAAAUAAGGAUCUUCUCCCCAGUUCUUUGCUUCAGAUCUUCUCUGCCAUUGUAGUAUUUCGGCCAAGAUAUUUAGCCAACAGAACUGAGGGCGGCUUGUCUUCGGCGUCUUUAAUUAACUGCUGCUCACCUGUAUGUGUCUGAACUGCUCGGUUGCCAAUAAUGUGGACACAGACAAAGCUGGAAAUUAGGUUGUGUGACACACUCCAGUAAUAAGCAUUCCUAUUAAGCAUUAAUUAUGCAUGGGUUUAAUUGAGAAGGGGGAGUGUUCUGAUAAUCAGUUCCUUGUACAGCGUUAAUGCCAAUUCUAGGCCCAAUUACUCUGUUAAAUUCUGAAAUGGGUUAUGAAUAGGUCUGUCCAAGGAAAUACUGUAAUCAUUGGAUAGGUUCAAUUAGCCUGAGAAUAGGCAGUGGACUGUAGGGACCUACCCUUCAUCAGACAGAUGAUCCCACCUCAUCGGCGCACUGGCGUUCCCUGUGUCAUCAGCCCCAGGCUCCCAGUCCAGUCCCUUGUGUUCCAGUUUGUUUCACCUUUGAUCCCAGUCACGUUUCACCAAGAACAGAGCAACAUUCCAAAACUGCUGCUGGUUCACAUGCAUCACCCUGGAAUUUGAGGAGACUUGUUUUUCCCCUUGUGACCUGCUGUUUUAACUUCUACCGACUAUCGAAUUCAAGACACAUCUAUUUUCCAACAACAAACAUUUAACUUCUGUUUUUCUCACCAGCAGAUCCUUCAUGUCAACACUUUGCAAUUUGAUAUGAUUUUAUAACCUGUUUUGAUGUGAAAAAAAUGACUUUUUGAUUUAAAAGCAGCAUGGUUUAUAUCUAAAACAGAAUAUUCAACCAGAGAGUACUUCUAAUUUCGCCAAUUAUUUUUUUAGUUAAUUGCAAUUACAAUUACAUUUUCGUGAUGGGAAGUUUGAAACUUCCAUAUGGAAAAAAAAUAUUUUAUCACAUUCCGUGCAGGAAGUAAUAGAUGCUUUGCUUCCUGUCUGCAGAUCCGUAAGUAAUAUUUGUAAGACAGAAGAAAGAGCUAGGUGAUAUCAUCUAUGUCUCUGCACUGCCACAGCUGGUCUUGCCUGAGGCUCUGUUGGCAUUUUGCACGCGUAGCGUGGGUGAUGGGAAACAGAUUCCAGGAGACUUUUUGUUUGUGUUUUUCUUUACCAUGUAAGCUGAAUCAAUCCGGGGAAUAGCCUUACUGUGUCUAUGAGUUUCAGAGGGAAAACUGCAUUCCUGAAAGUGUUUCCCAGAUGAUAUCAGCCGCAUGCCCUCGCACAGAGCCAUGCAUGGACUUGAGGCUGUGACUGUCUGAUUGCUCUGUCUGGGUAUUUGAAUGGAGCCUGAUUUUCGCACAGUGGAGCCCUGAGGGUAGAGUCCUCCCCACAGGUGUAUCUGAUACCCCUACAAGCCUCACGAUACCUUGUGAUCCAUUGGCAACAAUGACAGAGUGUCGUUGAAAGAGUAAUGUGUCCAGGAGUAGUGUAGAUAUUCAUACAGCUUUACAGCUUAUUAUUAUUGUUGUUGUUUUAUUCUCUUUUUGUGUGUGCAUUAAUCUUUCUUAUUGGAUGUCAGUGAUCGACUCAUUCCUAACACUGUGAUUCUCAACAGCUAUACUGUGAUAUUUUGAAUGCCUGUAACAGCACCAAGGCAAAGACUUUAUGACAAAAGACAUUCACUGCACUGGAAUGUUGGAACAAUGUGGCAGCAGAGAUGUGUUCAAGAACAAGCUUUAUCUUCUCUAGGUUAUAUUUCAUUCCCAGGUUCAGUGUUUUGUUUCGAAAGGCUGCUCAACUCAGGUGCCCAGAGAGAGAGUUUGAAUUUAUAGCGCAGUGCGGCACUUAAAGGGACAUUGAAAGCCAUGAAUUCUGAUCUCAUGUGUAAACACAGUGCAAGCUGUUGAAUAGGCCACUUGUCAAGAUAAGCAGUAAUUUGCAAAGUCUUUGUGUAAUUGAAAAGCAAACAGUAAUGGGAAGAUGUUGUCCUGUUAUGCACUGCUGGGGGGCUUGAUUGCUCUGGACAGGCCCGAAAGUCAUCAGGAGGCUGGCAGGGGUGGACUUGUGGGAGAAGGGGGUGAGAAAGAUCUGUCUGUGCUUUAGGUGUGUUUGCAUUUUUAUUAAAAACACACAACUUCUUUAGUAAACCCAAACUGGAAAAGCUACAGCUUAUUCCUGAGGCAUGCACCAAAGUGUGUUACUGCACAUUGACAUAUGCUAGCUAUUCAUUGAAAAGACAGCAACUCUUCCGUUGAAGUAGGAUGCGUUUUUAUAUGCUGAAUAUCCUUGAAAAGCUUUUAAACUGUUACUAUUAAAGGGUUGCUCAGCUGACUGUAAUGUUGGCAACUUUAUGUUGGUAAUGUUGUGUGGGAAACUCGUGGCUUUGGGUUCGAUAAGCCAGUGGUGUCCAUUAGGAUACAUUCUGCUGAUUGUAACCAGAAUCCCUGGUAAAAUUGUUUGGAAUGUUAUUCGUCACCAUAGCAACACUGUGGAGCUCCAAGGUAAUGGAUAUGUAACUCCAUUUCAGAAGAAUGCCAGUAGCUAUCUUUUAGAUGACGUCAUUCAUCUCUGUAUGCAAGAUUCAUAAAAGACAGUGAAUUUGUGAAUGACAGUGAAGUAAUUGGCUUCAUCGUCCAGCUGAUACUCUCUUUAGUAAAUAAAUGUCAGGUAUUCAAUUUGGAAAACCCAUCUUUGCAUGUCGUAAUGCUGUUUUGGAAUGAGAGCACACCACCAUUUCCUGUCUUAUUCAAAUUCAUUUAUAGUGUCAAAAUCCUUUUCAGAUCCUUUAGACAUGCUGUACAAUCAAUAUAGUGUUUCUGUGAUGCACUUUAAUUAACUCUUUCAUGAGCUGUUAUACUAGAGACGGUCAUGUAAUAGUUGAGAAAUGUUUGAAAUAAACAAGUUUUGUGAAGUGGCCAAAUAAAUAA